ACUUCCACUUCACCUAUCUCUUCUCACACUAGUGUUUCCACUGAUGGUACAUAUAUAGAAGAAUUUGGCAUUCUGUAUCUCUACAGUUAAAGGCUGAUCCUCUCCACAACAACAACAAUGAACAUCUCUGAGAAGGAGAUACGGGGCUUCUAUGACAGUGACCCCCAUCAAGAGAACAUUAUAUUUUCCACAUUUUACAUGCUGAUUUUCAUCAUUGCUGUGCCUGGGAAUGCCUUGGCUCUGUGGGCCUUCCUUCACCAGCACAGCACGUCUCCAUCUAAGGUCUUCCUGAUGCACCUCUCUGUAGCAGACAUCUCUUACAUCCUUAUUUUACCCAUGCGCAUAGUUUACCACCUGUCUGACAGCCACUGGCCUUUUGGACAUGUCCUCUGUCAACUAGCAGGCUUCCUCUUUUACCUUAACAUGUACUGCAGCCUAUACUUAAUGAGUUUCAUCAGCCUGGACAGAUUUCUGACUGUGGUUCUACCUAUGAAAUCACAGUCAGUUAGGAAAGCUAUCUAUGCAAAGAUAGUUGUCGGCAUACUUUGGGUGACAGUUAUUGUGUCUAUGAGCCCUAUACUUUUCUCUAAAAAGAACAUGACGAACAACUCAACUGGCACCUGCAACAAGCUGUAUCUAGAAAAGACAUCUCCUACAGCUUUAGUUUCCACUGUUGUGGCAUUUAUUCUUCCCCUCACCACCAUAAUGGUGUCCUACAUACUGAUUCUGCUGAAACUAAGGGCAGUGAAGCAACAGGGAAGACGACCAAUGAAGCACAAAGCUGUAAGAAUGAUCAUCCUCAUUGUGAUGAACUUCCUGUUUGCAUUUGUGCCCUACCAUGUGAGCAGGGUAAUAUACAUUGAAAGUCACAGUCAUGGCCAUAUGACUGCAGCAAGCCGCGAGUCACUAAGAAGAGCCAAUCGGAUCACAUCUGCACUGACCUGUGUUAGUGGUGUACUGGAUCCAGUGAUGUAUUUCUUCCUGAACCGUGCAUACAGGGACAAAUUGCUUAAGCUGUUCUGGAAAAUAAGAUGAU